UCAUUGUACAAGCCGAGGUUGUCUUGAAUUAACACCAGUUGCUUGUUGCUUCUUAAGUUCUGGAUACCAUGGUUGCUCUAGAAAAAUCUAACUAAGCAGUGCGAACAUAUUCUACCAUCUUUCCAUCCUUGUAUCCUUGUAUCAACCCUGCGGCUCUGGCAGUCCAAACGCUUGCCUCGUGCUGUUAGUCUGGAGUGGAGAUUCGGAUCUGAAGUCUUCAGCCUUACUUGAGCAUUCACCUGGUUCUAUAUUAUUGUGGACAGUUCCAAAGGGCUUGGCGAGAUAGAUAGACGUUUAGAAGCUGCCUUGACGAGCAGGCUUGUCGUUUGUCUAUCCAUCUGGCUCGAUCGAUGUUCUAGUUGGGCCGGGCUCAACUCGUCCAAGACAAACUGAGGGGCACACGCGCUGGAAAGAUUAUGCCGCUCAUACUCGACGGAGCCAUGGCAGCGCCCGCCGAAAUGCACGUUGAUCUUGGGGUUGAUGAUCUUUUUGGAGACGGUGGAAUGAAUCUUCAGACUCGCCCGGGCAAACGAUUGCUGCAGAGAAUCAACGAUCUUCGUAACCGCGGAUCUUGCCAGGGUCUAGCAUGGUCAAAGUCGGGAACUCUUGCAUCAAUUGCACCUGAUGGACGAUCACUCGAACUACGAUACAUUCGUGCUCACCCGAAAGAUGCAGUCUGGGGUUUGAGUGAGCCCACAAUCUACGUACCGGAGGGUGACCUGAUCGGUGGCCCCAUCAUGCACCUCUCUUGGGCACCAACUCAGACAUCUGAUCUCGCAAUCAUUGACGCCACGGGGAGGGUGGCCAUUGUGAACUUCAGCAUAAACAUCAAUCGCCCCUCAACUCACCGGACGUACUGGCUGAACACCCUACCGACACAUCGAAACUCGGCCAAUCCUCUGCACGCACCUGCAGUCAAAGAGGGCACCGCAACCAGUUAUGUCUUCGAGACCGCUAUUACAAUUAGCAACGCACCGUAUCAUCCCAACCCGACUCGGUCUGCUCUUUUCUGCGUUACAGCCAACGGCAUGUUGAAGAUGUUCUGGGCGCAGAACAACAGCAAAAUGCAGGAGACAUCAAUGGAGUUGGAAAGUAUAACGUCGUCGGAUGACUUGGUCACACACGCAGCUGUAACUUCUGACACGAGGUCAAAGUGUAUGUGGGUAGCUCUGGCCACAUCUUCUAGACAGCUUCAGGUAGUUCAAGUUGGCCUUGCCUGGGGCCUUGUACAACAGGACGCUGCUAAAGGCGCCACAGCAGGCGCUCAACAGCUGAAUCCAGCACUGAGAGGCAAACAUGCGGCUAUUACCAGCUGGCUACCGGGUAAUUCGCCAGAGUCACCAUUGGACCCACUUAUGACACAGAUUUCGUGUCUUGAGUUGUUACCUCCAGCGCUCGAUCAGUCAAGCAAGGCUUGGUUAUGGCCAGUCGUUUUGACGGUACGAUCGUUCGUCCCGGCCCCGGAUACUCCGUAUAAUCAGGAAGUUCAAAGUAUCAUUGAUAGGUGGGAGAUCACUACGGAGCAACCUCAAACUCUUCACCCCGGCUUCGAAAAUCUUGGGCCAAGAAGGAAUAGUAUGGGAGCUGCGCCGACGCCUACUUUUAGACUGAAGAGGUUAGAACCCAUUGUCUUGACGAAAAUCGUAAUUGGCAUCAGUCUCGUUCGCCUUAAUACCGCAAUCUGCAUUGCAUAUAGUGACGGCACUGUCGAAUAUCGGGAUCGAACCACGUUCAGUCUAACGUGGACCGAAGCAAACCUCAACCGCAUCAACUCAAUUCACGAGGCUGGCUUCACUCACAGCGGCGAGCAAUCUUGCUUGCAAACUGCUGUAUCUCCUACAUUGUGCUCGCUAGUACAAUUGCGCGAAGACAAUAGUAUAAAAUGGCACGGCCUCGAAUACACACUUGCCGAUAUUGCUGAUCUAGACAACCCGGAUAAUGCAGCACGGUAUAAUGCCGUCGUGGCUGCUUUGACCAUGACUAUCGGGCAGGCAGCUGCGUCGAAUAAUAAUGUCGAUGACAUACUUGCCGUUGCAAGGCAAUUCAAUGGCAUGCGCAGUUUCUCACACGACUUACUGAAUGAAAUGGUCCGCAUGAUGCGUGUCCAGGUCGACUAUUCCGAAGAGUCGCAUCAUGACAGUCUUGUGCGCAACCAGCUACUACAACUAUGCCUCAGCACCCUCAAUCAUUUAGAGUGGAAUGGUGAGUUUCAACCGCGUGGCUUUCGCAGCAAAGUGGCCAUGUUUGGUUUGAAUCUGCGCGGCAUCGUCAUCUUGAUCACGAUCGCCAACAAUGCGCCUGUUCACAUGAAAAAUAUGACUCCCUUGGACGAGCCCGAAAAAAAAACAGAGGUCGUUGACGCUCUAGCUGGUUGUUGCAAAUGGUCCAUAGACCUUCUCUGUUGGAUCGUGGAUUCACUCUUCUGUCUUCUCAACGACCAGAAGUUUCAGGGGUUUUUAAAUGCAGCGGAACUUUCCAAGAUGAAUACGUAUCUUCUGGAGAAGAACGAUAUUGCGUUACACAUGAUUCUAUCCUCGCCGAUUCGUGGCCUUCUGUCGGCGGUGUGCCGGCGAAUGCAACAUCUCCACCAGAUAUCCCUCAAGGCUGUCGAGUACUAUGAAACACAUGACGCCACGUCCACCAAUGCACCCCAGCCUGCUUUGCGCGCGGCAUACAAUAAGAUGCUUCGUCACACAAGCAGUCCACUUAUUCAAGUAGUCAAGUUUGAGGAACUGUUAAGCACUUUUGCUAAAAACAUCAAAUGGCAAUACCAAGAACAAUUCUCCCAGCUCGGAGCACGUGCCAUGGAGGCCGCAAAAAAGAUUAAUCCCGAUGCGCCAAAAACCGUUGGAGAGGAAGCUAUCAAGCGCGCCCAAGCGCACAACGAGCUCACCAUGCUUCUCGGGGGUGCACCAGGAGGCGCACUACUUCCGGUUUUGAAGAAUUUUUUCAAGACAGACCUCCCACAAUUCCGGACCGAAUGCAACCCCGCUGAACUCUUCUUCGGCAACUAUGACAUUCUUGAGGUCGACGAUGACCCGAAGGUGUUGGCGGCGCGUAAAAUGAGGGCUUCAAGGGUCGAUCUUUUCAAACGGGUGGAGAUAUUUCGUGGGCGGAAGAUGACAAACGCCACCGGUGAGGAGGCAGAUGUGGAAUGGCGACGAUGUGUGCGCUGUGCGAGCGUUAUGGAGGACAUCGCCCCCUUCAUGUCAGCUAAACCAGGUAUUGCAUUUGUGCUGAGUCAACAAAGAAAUUGUUGUUGUGCUGGACGAUUGGCUAUCCUAGGAAAGAAUGAACUAGUGGGUUAGGUAUAGCUGGCAUAUAGUAGAGAUAUAAUAACAAUGAAUAACAAUUUUAGUGAUAAUAAUA